GGUGCUUCCCCAUUUCCGGUAGGAAAAUCCACGCCCACCAUCGAUAUUCAUUUGUUCCAUGCCUCCACCGGCCAUAUCAACGAAUUCUUGAUGCGUAAAACGGCCAAGCAGCAGGGCGUACGAUUGGUGGGGGAGAUGCAGCCGUUUGUGGGCUGCGUGGAAGCGAAGGGUAGGCGGGCCCCGGUGCCGCGGCGUGGCACCCGCGCGGCGGUACUGUUCGGCAAAGUCCACAUCGACCUUACGCGCGCGUUCUUUGACGCGAUGAACGGCUCCUGGUACCUGAUCAUGUUCGUGGACAGCGCAUCGCGGUGGCAACGGGGGUACGGGAUGCUGGCCAAGGGCGACACCCUGAAGUUCGUGCAGCGGGUCCUCGCCGACAUGAACUGCAUGGGCACUCCGCGGUGUUUUCGCAUGGACAACGGCGGCGAGUUCACCGACUCCGCCUUCACCUCGUUCUGCGACGCUGCUGGCAUUCGGCUCGAGUACACCGCCCCCGACACCCGCAAGCAAAACGCGGUGGUCGAGAGCGCCAUACGGCGCGCCAUGAAGGGGGGCCACGCCGCGCGCCGCCACAUCCUCGCCAUGGGCCACGUCGAACUCUCCUCCAUCCCCAACGUCGGCAUCAACGGACAUCGCCUGUGGCUCGCGUCGGCGCUGUGGGCAUCCGCCUGUUUCAACCGUUCCGCGAAGAAGGCCAACCUGGGCUGGAUGUCGCCGUUUGAGGCGUUCUUCGGCCGGGAGCCACCCGUCACCGUCGUCCCUUCUUUGCAGGAGGGGAUGAUGCGCGUGAAGCGGGCCACCAAGGCGGACGUCCAAUCCUUUUGCGUUGUACCGUGA